AUGGUCCUAUCCACUAUGGUCCUAGUCACUAUGGUCCUAGUCACUAUGGUCCUAGUCACUAUGGUCCUAGUCACUAUGGUCCUAGCCACUAUGGUCCUAGUCACUAUGGUCCUAGCCACUAUGGUCCUAGUCACUAUGGUUCUAAACACUAUGGUUCUAAACACUAUGGUCCUAGUCACUAUGGUCCUAGCCACUAUGGUCCUAUGGUAUAUAAUAUAAUAUAAUAAUAAAUAAUAAUUGUAACUAUGGUCCUAUCCACUAUGGUUCUAGCCACUAUGGUCCUAUCCACUAUGGUCCUAGUCACUAUGGUCCUAGUCACUAUGGUCCUAGUCACUAUGGUUCUAAACACUAUGGUCCUAGUCACUAUGGUCCUAGUCACUAUGGUCCUAGCCACUAUGGUCCUAGUCACUAUGGUUCUAAACACUAUGGUCCUAUCCACUAUGGUCCUAGCCACUAUGGUUUUAACAGUAUGGUUCUAACCAGUUUGGUUCUAGUCACUAUGGUCCUAGUCACUAUGGUCCUAGUCACUAUGGUUCUAAACACUAUGGUCCUAGUCACUAUGGUUCUAAACACUAUGGUCCUAGUCACUAUGGUCCUAGUCACUAUGGUCCUAGUCACUAUGGUCCUAGUCACUAUGGUUCUAAACACUAUGGUCCUAGUCACUAUGGUCCUAGUCACUAUGGUCCUAGCCACUAUGGUCCUAGCCACUAAGGUUCUAAACACUAUGGUCCUAUCCACUAUGGUCCUAGCCACUAUGGUCCUAUGGUAUAUAAUAUAA